AUGUUUAAGAAAGCUAGUAUUGAUGCAGUACCUACUGUCCAUCCAUUGAUUGAUGAAGCUAGAUCUGCAAUCAACGAAGCUGAUUUUUUAAUAAUUAGUGCUGCUGCUGGUCUGUCUGCGAGUGCAGAAUUUGAUUAUACGUCAAAAGAAUUAUUCAAAACAGAAUAUCAACCAUUUUUGAAAUAUAAUAUUAAGACAUUGUACGCUACUAUUGGUUUUCCAUGGCCCAGUAAAAUUGAUUUAUGGAAUUUUUUCAUUUAUCUUUAUAGGAAUGCUAAAAGAUGACCAGACACUCCAACUUAUCAAGAACUAUUAAAAUUAGCUAAGGAAAAACAAUGGUUUGUAAUUACUACUAAUGCAGAUGGAUUUUUCAUCAAGAAUGGAUUAGAUGCAAAUAAAGUUUUAACACCACAAGGAAAUUAUUCAAAGAUUCAAUGUUCAAAGAAUUGUUCAGAUAAUUCUUAUAGAUCAAUGGAUGAAUUAGUUGAAAAAUAUUCCCUAACUAAGUUUAGUGAUAUACCUAAAUGUGAUAAUUAUUGUUUUGGAAUGAAUAUGUUUUUGGGCGAAUCAUUUAAUGAUAGUAUUGUCAAGCAUGAAAAAACAAACUAUAAAGCAUUCAUUCAAGAAACUCUUAAUUCAGGUAAGAAAGUAGUUAUACUUGAACUACUUGUUGGUUUAAAUACUCCAUCAUUAUUAAGAUGGCCUAAUGAACGAAAAAAUGAAAAUUAUCCAGAUAUUUUCAAAUUAAUUAGAAUUAGCAAAGGACCAUCCAGUACUAUUCCAACGGAUAAUAGACAAUUCAAUUGUAAUUAA